AUGAGAACAAAGUUUAGAGCAGCAGUUAUCACUCUUUUUCUUUCAUCCAUCCUUCUUCAUCUGGUGUUUUCUGAAUCCAACGAUGGAAUCGUUAGAAUUGGACUAAAAAAGUUUAAGUUAGAUGAAAACAACAGGAUCGCUGCUCCUCGACUUACCCCGCAAAUACUGGAUUCUCAAACUGAUGGCGUCAGUGUAAGGCUAAAGAAUUACGAGAACAUGCAGUACUAUGGUGAGAUGUCAAUCGGUACACCGCCACAGAAAUUCAAGGUGCUUUUUGAUACAGGAAGCUCUAAUAUGUGGAUAACUUCCUCAAAGUGCUACUUUUCCAUUGCGUGUUAUUUUAAUUCCAAAUAUUAUGCCAGUCGAUCAAAAACAUAUAAAGUGAACGGAACAUCUGCUGAAAAACAAUAUAGUUCAGGUUUAUUAAUUGGACACUUUAGCAAAGACGAUGUUUUAGUUGGUGGUUUAACAAUCAAGAAUCAGGACUUCAUUGAAGCAACAAAACUGCCCGGUUUUGUGUUUGUGUUUGUCAAGUAUGAUGGCAUUAUUGGCCUUGGAUUUCAGGAGAUAUCAGUUGGAGGUGUUGCUCCAGUAUGGUACAACAUGAUGAACCAGGGUCUGAUUCAGAAUCCAGUGUUCUCAUUUUGGCUUAAUAAAAACUUUAAAGAAGAGGAAGGAGGUGAACUUGUGUUUGGUGGGAUUGAUCCAAAGCAUCACAAGGGGGACCAUACUUAUGUCCCUGUGACCCACAAGGGUUAUUGGCAGGUUGGGAAAUUACUUAUAUACAUAUUUUUAAUUUGUAUGGUUGUUUCUCUUAUAACCUUAUGUCCAGCGGCUGUGAUUACCAUGAUAAACCAUGAAAUUGGAGUCAAAGGAGUGGUUAACCAUAAAUGCAAGGCAACCCUUGAAGUGUAUGGACAAAACAUUCUAAACAUGCUCAUAGCAAAGGUGAAAUCAGAAAAAAUUUGUUCCUUAAUUGAAUUAUGUCCAGUUGAUGGAUCUAAGCCUAUCGAAAAAAGUAAUAAUAGCAGAACACCGUAUGGUAUUGAUGUCUCUCCGUGCAAUACUUGUGAAAUGAUAGUUGUGUGGAUGGAGAGUCAGCUUAAGAGGAAUCAAACAAAAAAUGUUAUUUUAAAUUAUGUCAAUAAGCUAUGUGAUUCGCUGCCAAGACCAAUAAAUCAACUACCAUCUGUGAAUUGUUUGCUAAUUUCCUCACUGCCUAAUAUUUCGUUUUUAAUUGGUGGUAGAAAUUUUACUCUCACGUCUAAGGAGUAUAUAUUGGAGUAUCGAAUAGAUGGGGAUAAUUGCAUAAGUGGCUUUAAUUCCAUAGAUGUACCUCCACCUGAUGGACCUAUAUGGAUUUUGGGAAGCAUGUUCAUGAGUCGUUACCACACAGUAUUUGAUUAUGAAAAAUUGAAAGUUGGAUUUGCGGAUGCAGCAUAA